AUGUAAUUCAAACUCUAUCAACCUAAUUUAGCUCUUAUAUAAGAUGAAUAUUAUAAAAUACCUUAAGAUUAUUACUUUCAAACUUUGAAUUAUACUUUUAAAAUUUCAUAAACUUACGAAUUUAGAUUAAUUUAUAUAAAUAUAAAAUUACUAAUGAUAAAUCAACCAAACUCGAUUAUUGAAUUACCAUUCUAAGUUUCUACAAGUCAUAUCCUUGACUUAUUUAUAAGUUGCACAAAAAAGAAGUAAAGAAUUCAAAUUAUCAAAAUAGAUAAUAUUAAAUUUUGGAGAAAGAUUCAAAUUAAAUCAUAGCUAUAAAGGAAAAUGUAGCUGUUGUAAAGAAUACAUUAAAAAGAAUGAUUUGCAUUUAAGAAAAUACUUUUGAGUAAAUAUGUUUAGUUAAAAUAUAAAUUGAUACAAAUUAAGUCAAAUGUGUAAGAGUAAUAUCAAUAAGAGGGAUCACUGGACAUUAUGAUGAAAAUUCAGAAUUAAUUACUUAUUUCUUAUCUAAAAUUGAUAAAUUGCGUAAUAAGAAAACUUAAGAUUAAAAUAUGAUGAAUGAAGCAUCUGAAUUUGUUGCAAUUGUAAAUGUUUCUGAGGAAAUAGAAAAUCCUGUAAAUUAGAAUCCAUACUAUUUAGAAACAAGUGCUUACUAUAUGUUUCAUAAAUUGUUAUGUGCUUCAAAUUAUGGUUUAGGAAAAAAAGUAGCAGAAUAUAUACAAAAAUUAUAAAAUAAUCUAGUUAGUGAUUAAACAAACAUAAAAUAAAAUGUUUAACAAUUAAAUGCAUUUAUAAAUUAAAUUGUUGAAACAUUAUUUUAGUCCUUCAAUUUUGGUAAAUAAGAAACGACCUAAAUAAUGCCUUAUUGUAAAAUAUCGAUUGAAAAAUACUUUUAUUUAAAGCUUUCUCAUUACAUUUUGCCACAAUAUUAAAACAUGUUUAAAUAAUAAAAUGAAUAAUUCAGAUCUAAGAAAAUUGAUAGAAAUAAUUCUUAGUUCAUAAGUGAAUUACACAAAUAUUUAGAGAUUCCAGAAUUUAAUCCUUAAUAAUUAAUAAGAAUCAAUGAAGCCUUAAAUGAAUUAGACAAAAUAGAAUAUAUGAGUUAUCCAAGGGAAAAGUUGAGAUGUUUAUAAUUAAUGAAUGCUAUACUUAAAGGUUUAUAAUAUUAUGUAUUUAAAUAGCUGUAAACUCUGGUUUGAUUGAUUAAUUAGUUAAGUAUUGUUUAAUAUAGAGUAAUGUAGAUCAUCCAUUCUCAGAAAUUUAAUUACUUAUAGAUUCAACUAGUUCAUAAGAUAGAUAAUUUCUUAAUAAAAUUAAUGUAUUGAAAAAUAUAAAUAUAGCAUCAAUUAGAGGAGAUAAUCAGUGCCUGA